AUGAUCAAAAACUACAUAAUAAAAUUCAUAAAAAUUCUCUUUAUCCUUGCAUCUUAUUUAACUGGAGUAAGCUGUACUACUACUUAAUAAGAUUUCCAUUUUGGUUUUAAUCCCUAAGUAGAAGUAUAAUUAUCAUAACAAAACAAUAUAAUUAAUAUGUCUAUCCUCAACAAUAUCGGUGAUAUAGAGUAGUUAAGAUUAUUCUUUUCUGUUGAUGAUUAAAAUACGUGA